AAAGAUUAUGAAUUGAUGAUCUCUGGUAAUCGUUACAACUGUAUGAAUGAACAACUAUUAAUGGAUCGUUUAAUUCGUCAUGAAAUGGCUCAAGAUUAUGGGAACUUAAGAAUGGGAUCCCAAUCACCAGAAGAAUAUUUCCAAACUAGAAAUGAACACUUAAAGAAAAUCUUUGGUAAGAUAAAAGGUGACAGAGGCGCAUAUAUCGAAGCACCAUUCCAAGUUGAUUAUGGUUAUAAUAUUGAACUUGGUAAAGAUUUUUAUGCAAACUUCAACAUGACAAUCCUAGAUUGUUCACUUGUUAAAAUUGGUGAUGGUGUUCAAUUUGGUCCAAAUGUUGUCUUGAGUUGUGCUACACAUCCUGUAGAUUCAAAAGAAAGAUGUGUUGAUUUUAUUGAAUGGGCAAGAGAAAUCAUCAUUGGUGAUAAAGUUUGGUUAGGUGCAAAUGUUACAGUCUUACCAGGUGUAACUAUUGGUGCUGGAACUACUGUUGGUGCGAAUUCUGUUGUUUCAAGAAGUUUACCAGCUUAUUGUGUUGCUGUGGGUACACCUGCAAGAGUUGUUAAGAAAUUA